AUGUUCCACCAUUUGAUUGUCAAUCGUUGUACAUUUGACAUCGUCAACUACUUCUUAGAAGAGCAGUUUCUCCGCUUCGAAAUCAACAUGUCAGAAUUGAUCGCUGAGUCCAAAUUGAAGAGAUUUCUUCUGUAUGGUAGCGAGGAGAUGGUAUAUUUCCCGGGUUGCAGAGUCCAAUACGGUUAUUAUCUGGGUAGUAACCUAGCUUCAUUAAGAACCCUGCUGAAUCAAGUCGAUAAAGAGAAGAUCUUCGAUUGGGUCAAGAUUGUGCAGAAUGAAAAGCUCUCUUCACACUUCUCUAUAGUGCCUUUAGUUGUCUCCGAGUGUUGCAAAAUAUCCGGCUGGAAAGAAGAUGCGUUGGAGUUGGCUUUGACGGUCCUACGAACAGACAAAGAAUUUUUAAUGUUCUGUAAGUUCUCCUAUGAAAUUUUACCGGACAUCGGUACUGGCCCACUCGUCGCCAAAUUGAUUCGAAAAUGGUACUUAAAACGCCAUUAUUGGGAACUGGUCGAAAUGGUAAGCGAGAGACCUAGCUGCUACGGUUGGUGCCACAAAGACGUUAUAAGAUUGGCUAAGGUCAAUUCUUCAUGUCCACUGAGGGCAGCCGCUAUCGCUUACGCGAUUGGUGGAGCCGAGUUAAUGAAUCAAAUGUACGGAAACGAUGAACAGGCCGAAGAAGUCGUCGAACAUCUCAACCGUGUCGAGGCUUUCAAGAGUGAAACCGAUCCGGAUAAAGCUGUCAUAGAGAUUGGAGCUUACUUGCACACCAUCAACACGACUAACAUGACACUUCUACAAAACAGAAAGGUUUGGAAAGCCCUUAUAAGUCAGAUGGAUCUUGUGGAAUUGCUCGCUAGACUCCCAACUAUACGUAAGCGCGGUUUUCUCCGGUGCCCGGUCCUAUAUUCGUGGGACCCUCAUUUUGUCCCUCAUCUGUGCGACCGCUUGGAAAGUCUGGGUGCAGUCCUCCAGUCGAAGAUACGUCCGAGCAGGUCGUGUAUCGAACAUCAGAGAUGGAAAAACAAAUCUGAGCGGUUCUGCAAACAAUUGUCCAGGCCCAAGCCGGUCAACGAAGACAUCCUGAAAGCGCUGAAACAACAGUUGGAAAAAGCGUUGAAAAAAAAUGUCAGAACUAUGACCAAGAACAUUACUGUCAUCGUCGAUUGCCACGAUCUAUCCUCGUCUUAUUGCAGCUAUAAGCGGUUUGUUCAGGCUGACAUGGCGGCUGCCGUAACUGCUUUGUACUUUGCAAACGCAUCAAAAAACACCAAGGUGGUCAUAUUCAAAGGGACAAACCAUCAAUAUUUACAACGUGGCACGACUUUAGACGAACUUGUAAACAGUAUUGGCACCGAUACUACGGCCUGUCCCAGUACGCGAGCGAUUGGCUUCUAUCUCAACCCGACGCAGAGCGAGAUCCUCGACAACGAUCUCUUUAUCGUGAUCGGCGCAAAAAUCGACCACGAAGAUUACACGAAAAAAGUCGACGAUCUUCGAAAAGAGAAUUCUCGUGGUCCAAAAUUUGCCUUUUGCAACUUGGGUGGCAUCCCGGCCGACCGGUCGUUUGAAUAUGACAAGGACGUCCUUUUAACGUCAGGUUUUGAUGAUAAAAUAUGCGACAUCAUCUCUUCCUUCUCCAAGUUAUGAAGGAACUCUAAAAAA